UGACGUCUCUCCAUCUCCCUCACAAAAUUCAGCAUUGCUCCGAGAUACGCAUCAACCUCAUCACCGCCAUUCACCAAGUUGUAAAUCAUGGCGCCAAUCCCGGUGACAAUUAUAACGGGCUUCCUUGGGGCGGGGAAGACAACACUUAUACUAAAUCUCAUUCCUCAAUUACCCAAGGAUUACAAACUCGCCCUGCUCAAGAACGAAUUCGGCGAUGUAGCCGUUGAUUCCCAACUAGCUGGCUCAGCCUCAAUAUCCGGCGUCCGUGAGCUUCUCAAUGGCUGCAUCUGCUGCAACUUGGUCGGCCAGCUGAAUGAUGCUCUCUUCCAACUCCGAGACUCUGUCAGUCCCAGCAGAAUCAUCAUUGAGACUUCGGGCUCUGCUUUUCCCGCCACACUAGCCAUGGAGGUCAACCGGGUCGCGCGCGAGCAUCCAGGAACCUUCUCUCUGGACGGCGUGAUCAGCGUCAUCGACGUCGAGAACUGGAAGGGCUACGAUGACACGAGCUACACCGCAAAAAUGCAAGCCAAGUACACCGACCUGAUUGUGUUCAACAAGUGGGAGCUCGUCGAUGAACGCAAGUUCGAUGAAGCCCUUGACCGUGUAGGCGAUCUUGAAGUGCAAGUCGCCUGGGUCAAAAGUGACAAAGGUUGGGUCGAUGUCGAACUAGUAAUGGGCAUUGAUGGGGCUAUGGUCCGAUCACAAGGUCUGCGAGAAGCCAUCGAGAUCAACGACGAACAUACGCACCACCAUUCCAAUGGCCACGGACAUUCACACGAGCGUCAUCAAGAAGAAGUCGAAGUCCUCAGUGUCGUCGUGCACAAUCAGGACACGUCCAAACCGCCGCAGGGUGUUGUCCUCGACUCGUUCGAAGAUUUGCUCCUCUCUGCCCCGAAAGACGAAGUCUAUCGCAUCAAAGGUCUUGUCUUGUCGUCGAAGCCUCCGCCCGACUCUACUGGCGCUCGAAAGCCAAGCAUUGCAGUCGAUGCCGAGGGCCAGAGCCUGUACGUUCUAAAUUGGGCGUUCGGUCGAUGGGCCUAUACACCUCUCCCGGGCGAAGCUUUCAAGGCCAUGGAGAAUGCAAGCGCCAGAUUGACAUUUAUUCUGGCGAGAGGAGAAUCCACCAAGUGGAUACGGAGGUUGGAGAAGGGCGACACCAUUGCUUUAGAGGGAGAGGAUGAUACGGAAGAGAAGGCCGUCUUGAAGAUCUCAAAGAUUGGAUGAACGGCGUUCAAUAAAGCAUGC